CCUCGGGCUGGGCCCCUUGGUCUGGGCGCCCCUGUCCGAGGACUUUGGGCGCAGGGCGCUAUACAUCUGCUGCUUUGCCGUGUUCACAGUCCUCCAGGCUGCGUCGGCGUUGAGCCCCAACAUCCAGACGCUCAUCGCGAUGAGGACGGUUUCCGGCUUCUUCGGCAGUGAGUCAGCACAAGUCACACGGGGGAGAGCGUUUUUCUGGAAAAAGCAAGGGAAAAGGACUGAUGAUGGCGUGUUUUGCUGCAGGUGUCGGGAUAGCCAACGGAGGCGGCACCAUCUCGGACAUGUACGAUCCCUCUGAACGGGCAGGCAUCUUUGGAUGGUACCUUCUCGGGCCCCUUCUAGGACCGACACUUGGGCCUCUGUUUGGAGGUGUCAUCGUCAGUCGCUUGGGAUGGAGAUGGAUAUACUGGUUCCUCACCAUCGUCUGUGCCAUUAACACGGCAAUCGGUUACUUCUUCCUCAAAGAGACCUAUGCACCGGUCCUUCUAGGCCGGCGCAAAGCCGAGCUUGCCCACCCGGACUCCCAAGGACUGGGAAAGAGGACGAGGUACUACUUCGAUGGCGAAGACGAGAGACCGCUCUCCAAGAAGCUCCUGGCUAGCAUGAAAAGGCCGUUCGUGAUUUUCGUCCAGCCAAUCGUGCUGACCAUGAGCAUGUAUCAAGCCCUGAUCUUUGGCACCACGUACAGCAUCUACACCAACAUGCAGAGCAUUUACUCUGAACCGCCCUACAAUUUCAGCUCGGAGCAGAUUGGCCUCUUAUAUCUAGGACCCGGACUAGGGUUUUUGACCUCAGUCCGCUUCCUCGUCCCCCGUAUCGAUACAGUCUUCAACCGGCUGACGGAGAAGCAUGAUGGAAAGGCACUCCCUGAGUACCGCCUGCCACUCGCCAACGUCGGCAGCAUCCUGAUCCCGGCGAGUCUCUUCUGGUUCGCGUGGACCGUCCAAUUCCGCGUCCAUUGGCUUGCGAGCAUUGCGGCCACAUAUUUCUAUGGGGUGGGUCAAGUGGUGGUCUUCAAUGCCGUCCAGAACUACUAUAUCGAUUCGUUCUCGACGUACGCCGCCUCGGCCAUUGCAGGAGGGUCUGUAUUUCGGAGUCUGGUGGGCGGUGUCGUGCCCCUUUUCGCGCCGCUCUUGUUUGAGAAGUUGGGCUACGGCUGGGGAAUCAGCUGCUUCGGGUUUCUUGCGGUCUUGAUAGCGCCGAGUCCGCUAUUGUUCUAUUAUUUCGGCGGGCGGGUAAGGGAAAAGUUUCAGAUCACAUUUUGAAGAGAGCCUGGGGCCCAGCGAUCUUGGUUCGAGGGCGAAAUGAAGUCAUCAUGCAGGAUGCAUGGAGAACAUCGACCACGAGGAACGGCUCGGAGGAUUUAGGCGACGAGUGGUU